AUGGGUCUUCUAACCGAACAGAUGAAGGCAUUCAUCUACGGCAUCACCGGCACAUACAUUAUCCUUCUCCUCCCGAUUGUCAUCGCGGUCAUAUGGUUCAGCUAUGCAUUUUACAACCGUGCAUACCUUGACGAGGAGAUGCAAUACUUGGAUGAAGAAGGAGCAUGGAGUUCGGAUGACGCUGCGCAAUGGACAAAUGAGGCGGGAGAUAUCGAAGGCGAUUUCGAUACAGAGGCUUGGAGAGCGAAGGGGGAGAUGGAGAGAAUGUCGAUUUGGGAUGAGGGUAGAUUGGAGAGGGAAUUCAAGAGGUUGGAGAGGAAGAAUGAGAAGUUGGAACAAGAGGGCAUGAGAUUGGAUGCACAGGGUAAGAGGUUGGAUGGGGAAUGGAUGGCGUUGGAGUUGGAAGAGCAGAGGUUGGAGUGGAAAGAGGAUAGGUUGGAGAAGGAGGGGAGGAAGUUGGAGUGCGAAUGGAUGAGAUUGGAGGAGGAAGUGGGAAGGUUGGGAUUUGUUUUGGAAUAG